AACAAGAAAGAUAUGUGAACGUGGUGCCCACCUCCCGUGUGAAGAUAAAGUCUUAGGAGGCCUUUCAUGUUUUUGGACUACUUUGGCUGUUGUUAUGGGAAGCCAGAAAGUCUGAACCAAGUCUUACCAAGGGAUUGCCUGACUGACUGAGUUAAGGUCAGAUAGCAGUUGCUCCAUGUAAAACACCGGUACUCAACUACUUCUAGUUAGACUGGCAGCCAACCCCAACGUAGAUGGGAAAAGGUUAGGCAGAUAGCAAUAUUUAGUCUCCCAAAAGAACCAAGCGUGUCAAGCAUUGCCUAACUUUAUGACCAAUCAAUCAGCACUACUUUGACUAAGCCACAAUCUUUUUGUUUUUAUUUUAUGUCAAGUGCCUACUCAAAUAGAGCUUUGUUUACUAGCUUGUGUCAGCGGUUUCACCCGGUUCUUUUGAGAACCACUUUUGUCAUCCGGAUAAAGGGACAAUCAGGGGGAAAUUCAUUAAAAACUAGAAAUAAAGUAUUAAAACAUUAUCUUACAUAACAUGAGUACUAUUUGAAAGCUAGUAUUGAAAUUUUAGAAAAUGUGACUGAAAACAGAUUUUAUUACAGUUUUCAGCACUCAGUAAAAACUGAGAGGAUUGCCAAAAUACAGUAGAUCUACAGUUAGGCUGGAAACAGUGCUCGUUCAACGGUCAGUGCUGACCGUACAUCCAGACCGAAUCACAGCGCUGACCGUACGUCCAGACCGAAUCACAGCGCUGACCAUCGGUCGACGUAGCUAUCUCUGUGCAAGUCUAUGAACGCGCACACAGCUACGCUGACGGUACGCGCGUGAUUUGGUAUGUGAUUCGAUCGGGACGUACGGUCAGCGCUGACCGUCGGUCGAGCACUGUUUCCAGCCUAAACUGAGGGGUUGGCUACGCUGCCUGUAUCCUCUAACUCGCAUUUAUAAUAUUAAUAGCGUUCAACCAUCUUCUAUUACCCACAGAAAGAAAUCCUCCAAGAUGAAGACGACGCUUACCACUGUCGUCUCUGCUGGAAAGGGUUCGCGAGCGAGGUGGCUCUGCGCAACCACGCGCGCAUGGAGCAUAUAGACGCCUACAACACCGCCGACCCCGCCGUGUGGACGCACUAUAAUGAGCAGACAAAGAAAUCAGAAGAAAACCUGAUAAAAAUGAAAACAGACAAGAUGCUCUCCGAGAUGGAACCCACCAGCGUGAUGGCUCUAGCUUCCAAGAAUGUCUCCUAUAUCAUCAUAAAGCAUGAAGAACCAACUGAUGUUAAGAGAAAGAAGAUAGACAAAGGGAUCAGACAGAAGGAGAGAGAAGAGAAACCGCCGAUUAAGAAGGAAAAGGAGUCUGAGCCUAUUACAGGACCAUUCGAGUGUCUGCAACCCUCAACCCUAGUAGCAGACGGUACCUGUCACCAGAUAUUCUUCUCAUGCUGCGAGUAUUCCAUACAUUAUCGUGAUGAGCACACGAGACGGAGGAAGGGGUUGAGGUGCCAGGUCUGUGAGAAACCUCUCGCCUGUUCUGGAGAGCAAGUACCUGCACCGUAUGCUUGUGAGGUGUGCGGCAUGGGUUAUCAGACCAACAAAGAGUUGUCAGAACACACAGCCAUCGCUCAUGUCAAGCUAAAACCCUUCGAGUGUAACGUCUGUCACAAGAGAUUUACACAGCAUGGCGGAGUCCUACAACACAUGAGAAUGCACACCGGAGACCGUCCAUUCCCCUGCACGUUCUGCCCAAAGGCCUUCACCCAGAAAUCCGGUCUCGACCAGCACCUCCGGAUCCACACCAAAGUUAAACCAUACCGCUGCGUAGUUUGUAACAAGACUUUCUGCCAAUCGGUGCAUCUAAAACAGCACAUGCGAACACAUACCAACGUAGCACCGUUCCAAUGUGGUAUAUGCGAUAAACGGUUUAAGCAAAGCAGUCACUUAAAUUAUCAUUUGAAGAAUCAUAACCCAGCGGUGAUGACGGAGGAUCAGAGAGCCAAGUAUGCGGAGCUGAUCGGUCUAAUGAAUAAUCAGGCUUUGGAGCAGGAAGCUACCGUGCAAGUUGAAGCGGAAGUGGACAGCGAGUGGUGCGUUGCUAUAAAUGAAAGUUGACAGUGUUAAAAAUGUGAUAUAAAGUGUUGACUCUGGUGAAAAAUUGGUUCUCUCUAACAAGAUCAGCCAGCUGCGCAGGACAUGUUAUAGUGCACGAGUGUUUGCGCAAAGCAUGGGGAACAAAAUUACUAGCGGAGAUGUUAUAUCGCAAGUCUCUUAAGAAAGUAGAGCGACAUGCCUUCUAUGGAACUCAGGCCGAUUGUCGGCCACGGCUGGUCUCAUAAGGAGAUCUGGAAGUUGGUGAUUGAUACACCCGUGCGUUAAAGAAUACGUUAAUGUCGGUCCUACUUGUGAUCUCUCUCCGGUGGUGUCUGAUUGUCGUCCCAUCGCGCCAUGAGAGUGAUGGAAUAGUGAAUGCACUUGUGUAGCUGAAGCCGUUAAACUGUAGGCAGGUCCCGGCUGUCAUGUAACAUCCUCGGCAGUUGUUAUGGGUAGUCAAAAGCCAGUAAGUCUGACACCAGUCUAACCAAGGGGUAUUGGGUUGCCCGGGUAACUGGGUUGAGGAGAUCAGAUAGGCAGUUGCUCCUUGUAAAAGACAGGUACUCGGAUGCAUCCAGUUAAACUGGAAGCCAAGGAUGAAAGGACUAGGCGUAUAGUUGCUUAGGUAAAUGUGUGUUUGUAAAGCAUUUAUUGGGAAGAAAAGCAAUAGUAAGAGACUAUUUUAACAAUAGUUUUUUUUUUAAGUUUUUUAGUAAACAUGCAUGGAAUAUGAAAUAAUAAAAUAUUUUAUAAUAUUAAAGAUAUUUUAAAAAUGAAUAUGUAACAUGGUCUAUACAUAAGAUGUAUGUAAAUAGAUAUAAACAUAUGUUUUUCGUUAAUGUAAAUACAUCCUUAUAUAUCGCGCUUUUUCGCCAAUUUAUUGAAUAGAUUGCCUACUUCAAGCAGGUUUGGUCUAUUGAGGCUCAGCAAGGAGAACAAAAUGACUAGCGGAGAUGUCAUAACGCGAAAUCUAAGAAAGUACGCGACAACAUGCGAGUGUCAGGGGGACGAGGAACGUUACUAGCUCCGCCUUUAUACGCCUAUUAUAGAACUCUAUAAUAUCAAAACAAAAUCACCAAUCAAUCAAGACCAAUCUUUGACAGAUUGGUUUCGAUUUGACAAGGAACCGGAACGCCUCGUUAGUUCUAUAUAGUAACAGAUCACGUCUACCGUACGUUGCUUGAGCUACAAGAAGGCGCCUGAUCUACCUUCCUUAUGGCAUCUCCGCUAUUUUUCCUUCCUCCGUAUUCUCUAUGUGCAUGCAAAUUUAGUAAAAAUUGUAUAAUAUAUGUUUACUAUAUGUUAGUACAUUAUUUUACAUAUUAUAAUAGUGAGUAAGUACUUUGAAAUGCAUUGGUACUGCCUGAAUUAUUUUAUAUUUACCUACACUUAAACGUGAUUUCAAUAAAUGAUUUUUUAGUAUA